ACUACGAAAAAUGACCGAGGAAACAGAAAUGAGUGGCCGUGACGACUUCUUCUCCAAAGAGGCCUCACUCAUCAACCGCUCAAAGCGGGAGCUAGCAGACGGACGCGACAAGGAUCCAAUCUACAAAUUACGAUUGCUGUGCUUCAGUCGCGGCGCAACCGGCAUACUCGGAUUAGCCAGGACUUUUCGCAAUAUGGAUGAUGAUGGCAGCAAAGCUUUGAAUUACGAGGAGUUCAGUAAGGGCAUACAAGAAACUGGUCUGGAGUGCACGGAAAACGAAAUUAAGGAUAUGUUUGCCAAAUUCGACGAAGAUAACAGCGGUUCAAUAAAUAUGACCGAAUUUUUGCUGAAAUUGCGGCCAUCCAUGUCCCAGUCCCGUUUGGAUAUCAUCGAUAAGGCAUUUAAAAAAAUCGACCGCAAUGGUGAUGGCGAAAUCACAAUUGAAGACUUGAAGACAGUAUAUUCUGUGAAGGAUCAUCCCAAGUAUCUUAGUGGUGAAAUGACGGAGAAUGAGAUACUUACACAGUUCCUUAAUAAUUUCGAGGGUGGACGCGGCAAUCGCGAUGGCAAGGUGACGAAAGAAGAAUUUAUUAAUUACUAUGCCACUAUUAGCGCUUCAAUUGAUAAUGAUGCCUACUUCGAUUUGGUGAUGCGGCGUGCUUACAAACUUUAAAUGCAACAAAAAGCUAACAAGGAGAUCGUGAAGAUAGUACUAGCUGCCAUACAUAAAUGUAAAAAAACACAAAAUGCUGUACGAAAUUCACCGCGGUGUAGCCAGUGCAAUUUUUU